GAAAUUGCUCUGGCGCGAAACUUUCUCGGAGCACUGGAAGUGUGGGGCUGCGUGCCUGUGUCUGAGUUUUUUAUUCUUUUACUGGGCUUAUAAGGGUUUUAAAGAAACAUGGAUCUCGCAGAACCUGCAGCGGGUGCUCCUGGACAGCAAAUCAAAGACGAUUUAGCAGAGAAGUGUCAGAAAUUAUUCCAGGAUUUCUUGGAGGAGUUUCAGAACAGCGACGGCGAGGUGAAGUACCUGCGGGACGCGGAGGAGCUGAUCCGGCCCGAGAGAAACACGCUGCUCGUCAGCUUUGCUGACCUGGAGCAGUUCAACCAGCAGCUGGCCACCACCGUGCAGGAAGAGUUUUACAGAGUGUAUCCCUAUGUGUGCCGAGCUGUGAAAAAUUUCGCCCGAGAUCAUGGAAAUGUUCCAGCCAGCAAGGAGUUCUAUGUGGCGAUCCAGGAUGUUCCCACCAGACACAAGAUCCGGGAGCUGACCUCAGUGCAGAUCGGGUCGCUGGUGAGGAUCAGUGGACAGGUGGUGCGCACUCACCCCGUUCACCCGGAGCUGGUCAGCGGCACCUUCCUGUGCCUGGACUGCCAGACCGUGGUGAAGGAUGUGGAGCAGCAGUUCAAGUACACCCAGCCCAACAUCUGCCGCAACCCUGUCUGCAACAACCGGCGCCGGUUCAUGCUGGACACCAACAAGUCCCGGUUCAUCGACUUCCAGAAGGUGCGAAUCCAGGAGACACAGGCGGAGCUGCCGCGUGGAAGCAUCCCUCGCAGCAUGGAGGUCAUCCUGCGCUCUGAGGCCGUGGAGUCGGCGCAGGCGGGGGACAAGUGCGACUUUGUGGGCACCCUGAUUGUCGUCCCAGAUGUGUCCCAGCUAGCCACACCAGGUGUGCGGGCGGAGACGGGUGCUCGCCCCUCUGGCUCGCAGGGCUACGAGAACGAGGGCCUGCGGGGCCUUCGAGCUCUGGGUGUGAGAGACCUGUCCUAUAAGCUAGCCUUCCUGGCCUGUCACGUGGCUCCAACUAACCCCAGGUUUGGAGGAAAGGAGCUACGAGAUGAAGAGCAGACAGCCGAGAGUAUAAAGAACCAGAUGUCUGUUAAGGAGUGGGAGAAAGUGUUUGAGAUGAGCCAGGACAAGAACCUCUAUCACAAUCUCUGCACCAGCCUGUUCCCCACUAUACAUGGCAAUGAUGAAGUGAAGAGGGGCAUCCUGUUGAUGCUGUUUGGAGGAGUUCCCAAGACUACAAUGGAGGGCACCUCGCUGCGAGGGGACAUCAACGUGUGCGUCGUGGGCGACCCCAGUACGGCCAAGAGCCAGUUCCUCAAACACGUGGAGGAGUUCUGCCCCCGCGCGGUCUACACCAGUGGAAAGGCGUCCAGCGCAGCAGGUCUGACCGCGGCUGUGGUCCGGGACGAGGAGUCCCACGAGUUCGUCAUCGAGGCGGGAGCGCUGAUGCUGGCUGACAACGGUGUGUGCUGCAUUGAUGAGUUUGACAAGAUGGACAUGAAGGACCAGGUGGCCAUCCAUGAAGCCAUGGAGCAGCAGACCAUCUCCAUUACUAAAGCUGGUGUUAAGGCCACCCUAAAUGCUCGGACCUCCAUCUUGGCAGCAGCAAACCCCAUUGGGGGGCGCUAUGACAGGUCAAAGUCCCUGAAGCAGAAUGUCAAUCUCACAGCACCCAUCAUGUCCAGAUUUGACCUCUUCUUCAUCCUGGUGGACGACUGCAACGAGGUCACAGAUUACGCCAUAGCCAGACGUAUAGUGGACCUCCACUCCAGAGUGCAGGAGUCUAUUGACCGCCUCUACACCUUGGAAGAGAUCCGCAGAUACCUGUUGUUUGCCAGGCAGUUUAAACCAAAGAUCUCUAAGGAAUCGGAGGACUUCAUUGUUGAGCAGUACAAGCGCCUGAGGCAGCGGGAUGGUUCAGGCGUCGCCAAAUCGGCCUGGAGGAUCACGGUCCGGCAGCUGGAGAGCAUGAUCCGCCUGUCGGAGGCCAUGGCCAGGAUGCACUGCUGUGACGAGGUGCAGCCAAAGCAUGUUAAAGAAGCCUUUAGGUUGCUGAACAAGUCCGUCAUCCGGGUGGAAACACCGGAUGUCAAUUUACAGCAGGAGGAGGAGCCUGAAGAGGAGGAGGAGGAGGUGGCCGGUGGAGUGGAUGGUCACGCUGUGCUGGCGGGUGUUAACGGUGAAGUGAACGGAGUCGCUGGCCAUGCUGACGAUGGAAUGGACACUGCUGCCGGGAAGCCCCAUUUGCGACUGUCUUUCACAGAGUACCGUCGAAUUUCCAACCUCAUCGUCCUCCAUCUGAGAAAGGCAGAGGAAGAUGAUGACGAAUCUGGGCUGAAGAAAAGUGCAGUUAUUAACUGGUACUUGAAGGAGAUAGAAUCUGAAAUUGAUUCUGAAGAAGAGCUUAUUAAUAAGAAGAAAAUAAUUGAAAAAGUCAUUCACAGGCUUGUUCAUUAUGACCAUAUUCUCAUCGAGUUAUCGCAGAGCGCACUGAAGGGCUCCCAGACAGCGUCAGAACCUGAGGAGGCGUUUUUGGUUGUUAACCCCAACUAUACACUGGAGGACUAAACUGGAGAGAAUACGUCAGUCUCAGUAUUGUCAGACAUUAGAGAGAACAUGAAAGUGCUGAAGAAACAGUUUAAAUUCAGAUGAUUUUUGGUUGGAGUUUAAAAUUCUUGUUGAAAGUGAUGGGUAGAGUUGUGGUUUUUGUUUUUUGCUUUGAUUUCUGCAAAGCAUUGCUGUUAAUAAUGCAUUCAACACAGUCUUUUCCCAUUUAAAAGUAUUUAUCCUUACUUGAGGAUCUUGGCUUAUUGUUUUGUAGAGCAGAUUACACCUGAAACUGCUUUAAAUUUAGUGACAGGUUAAUGUCAUUCCAGUGUCUCAUUUUACCUGUUUUAUGCACAUUGUAUAUAACCUAUCAUUCAAUCUGUACUUUUUUAUUGUUUUUUUAUAUUUUUAGAUUUCUGUUAAAGACUGCAAAUCUAUAACAGUUGUGUCUAACAGUGCAAAAUAGCUUUACAUUUUGUUUAGUUCUUUUAGAUAAUUUAAAAACUUGGCUGUUUCUUGUGUGUGACAUAAUUUUUAAUGAAUUGUCUUCUCGUAUCUGAAGUGUAAUGUCCUG